AUGACUACGAAAAUAGUCUACACUAUUGGUCAUUCAUCUCAUAGUUUAAGCGAUUUAAUUGACGUUUUGAUUAAACUCAAAAUAGAAUCAUUGAUUGAUAUACGUCGUUCACCAAAAUCAAUUAAAAAUCCACAAUUUAAUAGCGAUACAUUUCCAACUAUUUUAUAUGAACAAACUAAAAUGAAUUAUUUUUUUAAAGGUGAUGCAUUUGGAGGUCGUAGAAAACGAAAAAAAUCUUUAAUGGACAAUAAUGGUUUAAUUGACAGUGAACUUCGUGCUUACGCUGAUCAUAUGCAAACAUCUAAUUUUAUUUAUUCAUUCAAUGAAUUAUUAUCAUUAAUAUCGUCUCAAAAUUGCUUACUAAUGUGUUCAGAAAGUGAUGUUAAUGAAUGUCAUCGUUCUUUAUUAAGUGAUUAUCUUCUUUUGAAAGGUGUAGAUAUUAUUCAUAUAAUAUUGACAGACAAAAAUAUUUCCACUUUUAAACAUAUUCUCAAUCCAAUUGCACGCUUAACUAACGAUAAAUGUAUUUAUCCUUUGAAUGAUGAUCAAUUUAAAAAAAACAUCAAUGAAAUAUGA